AUGUUGAGUGUGCAAUCGUCGGCUUUUCGAGAUGAUCAAGUGAUUAAGGAACGAUUCCGAGAAUUCAUUGAAACGAAGCUCAACGAUUGCCGCCGAAUCGGCUUGGAUUUUUGUACCGAUUUCUCGUUCCACUUCUACGACGGCGCUUUGGGGAAGACGCGCGUGAGAUUCGUGCAGGUGUCGACGGUGACGAAUAUCUUUCCGCUGAUCGUUUCAUCGAUUGUCGAACAUGGGAUCGCAAUUCAAAACCUCGAGGCGUCUUUUCGUCUGCAAAGGAAGGAAAUGAGAUGCUCGACGAGUUGCUAUGGAAAGUAUGCAUCAAAUGAAUCAAAAUCGAGUCGUAAACCGGGGAAUCGACUUGGAUUUUUGUACCGAUGCCUCGUUCCACUUCUACGACGGCGCUUUGGAGGAGAUGCGCGUGAGAUUCGUGCAGAUGUCGACAGUGACGAAUGUCUUUCCGCUGAUCGUUUCAUCGAUUGUCGAACAUGGGAUCGCAAGUCGAAACCUCGGGACGUCUUUUCGUGU